AGUGUUUUUCAAUGUGAGGAGCAAAUUCCGUGUUUUUGUGCGUGUUUAAGGAAUUUUAAUUGCUUCAUUUUCCUACCAUUUUAACACAGUAAAAUGGCAGUUUACCUGAAUAUAUGGUAGCUUAAUUGCGCACUUGCGUGCGUCAGUCUGACAUACUUUUUAUGAUGAGUGAUAUAGGAGAGAAAGUGUGCAAAGCGAGUGAGGACCAUCAAAUGCGGCAUUUUUCACGGGAAAGAGCUACCUCUCUCCUCACAGUUUAUGUAUUCUUGCAGAGUUGAUAGCUGUGCAGCAUGUUCCAUCUGACUAUCUGUCUCCUCGGAAUUAUGCUCCCAGUCUUGAAGGCGACUUCGGGGCCUCUUCUGGUUAAGGGGGCCAUAUACGUCGAGCCAUUCUUGAUAGAAAGCAAUUGCCUCAUCAAGAACGCAGGACCAAAGCACUCCUUUUACGCCAUGACAUCAGACUCUUUCUUCAACAUCCUGCCAGACGAAGACUUGCACACGACAACGCCAAAAUGGCUUCAUCAUACUCUCCUUACCCGGACGCCCGAUUUGGUUCAAACGAAUCAGAGGAGAACGGUAGUCGAUACCGAGACAGCAAUAGCGCUCGCUAAACGGAUGAUUGGAAUGCAGUUCCGCUACCGGUUAAUUCGCUGCAACUGCCGCCACUACGUGGAUUACCUGAAGUACGGCAAGACCUACGGACGAUGGUGGGACCUCUCCUAUAAUUGGAUGAGCGACGACUGCCCUCUAUACGCCCCCUUCAACUCGAACUCCAAGGUGAACACCAAAGAGUUUACGCUCUACGACAAGCACAAGAUUCCGGCAGAAUUAGCACCCCUCGACCGACAAGUCUACCCACCCUCCGCUCAAGUACAGCGCCGACGCCUCAAAUCCCAAACCUCAAGUGACUCAUACUCCUCUUACGUAUGGUUCAAUUCCGGUUCGUCCAGUGACUCCUCCGUCCAAAGCACAUCCCCUACACGACGUAGAUCAACCUCUUCCCCCAAUCGCAGGAGAACUUCCACCAGACACAAAAAGGCGUCAAGCCCCACUCUCUCUCCCUCCCACAGCCGUUCCAAAUCAUCUCCCUCCGUUCAUCUUUCGUCCAACUCACGGUCCUCAAGGGGUGAAGUCAAAAAAAGGUAGGUUUCAGUGGCGUGGCGUGCUUUGCGAUAUAUCGAUUGAUCUGCCAUUUAAGGUGAUUCGAUGGACGCCAUAUUUCGUCGCCUAC